AUGUCCACCGCAAUCAAAACAAGCUACCGCGCCCUCCUCCGCGAACUCCCCCGCCGCACGCUCUCCACACCCACUCCCCUCCAACACCGCCUCCGCGACAUGUACACCACCAACCAGCAACAAUCAAGUGUCGCGGACGCAGACGCGCAAGAAGCUCUCCGCCAACAUCGAAUCGAUCAGGCAAACCAGUUCGCUAUUUACGCUAAGGCGCAGCGCGUGUAUGCGGAGCUCGUCGAGAGAUAUAACCCCGGUACUACGCUCGAUGAGGAGGAGAGGAUUCGGUUGACGGCUAGACGGGUGGGUUGGGAUCUGCCUGUUGAGGCGGGGAAGAAGGAUGAAUAA